AGAAGCGGGGAGAAAGGGCGAAUUAGCGAAGCACUGGGGGGAAAUAUUUACGAUUCCUGCUUUUUCCGGAUGAGUUUUGUCACUCUAUGCAAUUUUAGUUUUGAAUUAUAAGAAAAUACGCUUUACACAGCCAUGCGGCGAAAUAAGGCCGAAGUGGACGAAUAUAUUUAUUCAGUAGAGAGUUCCUCUCCUUCACUCAAAGAGAAACCAAUUAAAGGAUUUUUAUUUGCUAAAUUAUACUUCGAGGCUAAGGAGUAUGAACUUGCUAAAAGACAUGUAUCAGCAUAUCUGAAGGUGGCAGAAAGAGACCCCAAAGCACACCAGUUCCUGGGCAAACUUUAUGAGAGGGAAGGAGAUAUCAACAAGGCCAUAGGAUGUUACAAGCGGUCUGUGGACCUGAACCCAGCCCAGAGGGACCUGGUUUUGAAGGUGGCUGAGCUGCUGGUCAGUAAGACCGAGAGAGACAACAGAGCAGAGUUCUGGGUGGAGAAAGCUGCCAAGCUGCUGCCUGGACACCUUGCUGUCUUCAACCUCAAGGAGCACCUACUGAAUCAACAGGGCCAACAGGGGUGGAACCAGUUGUUUGACCUACUGCAGGCAGAGCUGGCUGUGAGGCCUGGUGAUGCCCAUAUCAACAUCAAGCUGGUUCAGUUGUUCUCCUCCGAUGGCAGGCUGGAGGAGGCUGUCAAACACUGUCUGGCCACAGAGAAGAGAGGCCUGCUUAGAUCCAGCUUGGAUUGGUACUCUACUGUAGUACACACUCUGCAGGAAUCCCUAGCCCAGCCCAGUGUUUCGUCCAAUGAGAAGAUGAGGGAACAUCGGCAGAGAGAGCUACUUUUGGCACACUGCAGCCUGCUGAGACUGACUCUGCAGGGGAAAGGACUGCAGCCUAGCAUCCAGGCCCUCUGGAGUUUUGACUGUGCGAUGCAGGGCCUGAAGAGGGCAGAGGGCAGUGUAACAGAUGAUCUGUCUGGGGUCUAUGUGGAGAUGAGGGGACAUCUGUACCUGCAUGCUGGCACUCUGCUGCUGAAGAUGGCUCAGGAGAGAGAACAGCAAUGGCGGGCUGUCAUUGAUCUGGCUGCUCUCUGCUAUCUGCUGGCCUACCAGGUCCCCAGGCCAAAGAGCAAGGUGUCUAAACGUGACCAGUCUCCUCCUCAGCCUCUGGAGCUGCUGGCUAGUGACAGAAAGAGCCAGGCUGGACACAUGCUGCUCAACCUCAAGCCCGAGACACACACCUUUGUCAGAGAGGUGGUGGAGGCGUUUGGGAACUGUAGUGGUCAGGGUGCUUUGUUUGAGUUAUUGUUUGGGCCUCUGGCUCCGGUCGGGUCUUCCUUCAUUGGCAACGAUGACAUCCGCUCCAUCAACACACAGGCUCCAGAGAUAUCUGACCUUACCAAAUGGGAUAACGGCUCCAUCCAGCUCCAUGGUGGGGACCUCCAGCAGCUGUGUUGGCUGGGCCUCCAAUGGUCUCUCUUGGCCCAGAGGCCUGCUCUGAGGGACUGGCUCAAACAGCUGUUCCCCAGGCUCAACCUGGAGACCUCCAAACUGGACACCAACACACCAGAGUCCAUCUGCCUGCUAGACUUGGAGGUGUUCCUGUGUGGGGUGGUGUGGUGCAGUCACACCCAGCUCCAGGAGAGGGUCAGGAUCACUUCUACUGGUCAACAUGGGCCCCGCUGCCUGCCCCUGCCCCUCCUCCACCACCUCUUCACAGACAGACAGAGGGACUGGUGGGACGCAGUCUACAGGCUCAUUCACAAACGAGCUGCGCCUGGCAUGUCAGCCAAACUGAGGAUGACGGUUCAACAUGGACUAAGCACCUUGCGAGCCGGAGAGAAACAUGGCCUUCAACCAGCCCUGCCCAUACACUGGGCCCAGCACCUCAGCUCAGCAGGGUUUGGUGUGAACUCAUACUACGACCACGAAUACAUAAGGCGGAGUGUCCACUACUGGAACGUGGUGCUCCCCCUGCUGGACAAGAUCAAGAGGAGACGUGGCAUCCCUGGACCCCUGGACCCCCUGUUCAUACACUUCCCUUCUAGAGACAUAGAGAUCCCAUCAGUGAAGGGCUUUGAGGAGGAGGCCAAGAUAGCAUUUGCGACCCUCCUGGACAUCGAGGGGAAGACAGAGGAGGCUAUUGCUACCCUGGAGACCAUCAACAACAUCUCGUCUAACUGGCACCUAGCUAGGAUCUUCCAGCGUCUGUCUGAGGAGGCCGGUAGCGGGGUGGAGGAGACACAGGACAGGUGCAUCAUGUUCCUCAGGAAGUUCAGGACUUACCUGUCCAAGAUCUACAACGCCAACGCUGACGACAUGGAUAAGCUGCCCGUUUCGAUGGAGGAGGUGAUGGAUCUCCUGAACGAUGUGAAACAGCAGCUGGAGGAGAGUGGAGAAGCGAUGGAUGAAGAGGACGACGGCGGACCGGUCCACUCCAGCCUUCAGUUUCCUAAGCCUGAUGCUUCAAUCUCUUGUGUCAAAUUCGCCCCAUUAACCCCCUCCCCCAGCAAGAGCUUGGUCUCUCCCUCCAAAAGACACCUGGGGGGGGAAACUAUCCUCCGUUUCCAGAUUUCCCCAAAGACACCACCUCAUUGGGCGGAGGACCAGAAGUCCCUCCUGCAGAUGCUCUGCCAGCAGGUGGAGAGCCUCAAGAAUGAGGUCCAUGACCUGAGGCAUCACUCGUCAGACAGCAUGGCGUCACCCCACCAAAGAAUGUAUGGCGAUGGGUACGGGGCUGAGAGCAUGCAGGAGGGGUACCCCCCAGCACAGACCUUCCAUGGAGCACCCCUCACUGUUGCCACCACACAGGCACCCUCUAUGUAUUACAAUCAAUCCUCUGCUUAUAAUGCCGGACAGUAUCUCCUUCGUACGGCAGCCAAUGUUACUCCAACAAAGGCUCCUUUGUAUGGAAUCAACCGCCUGCCACCCCAGCAGCACAUGUAUGCCUACCAGCAGCCCACAAACACACCUCCCCUACAGUCAACACCAGCCUGCAUCUACCCUCCUCAAGAUCAGGUCUUCGGCGCCCCUCUCCGCUUCGAGUCACCAGCAACCAGUCUACUCUCCCCAUACAGUGAGGAAUACUACGGCCACUCUCAGCCCACCACAAACCCUCCCCUCCCAGAGCCUGGUUACUUCACCAAGCCCUCCAUUGUACCUGUCCAACCACCAAAGAGCAUAGAGGGGAAGCCUGUUGGCUUUGGGAAGAUCUCUUUUGGCCAGCCGAUCCAUGCUGAGCCUCCUAAGUUGCCUAGCUUUGGUGCUGGAAUAGUCGCCCAGUCCACUCCAUCAUCCGCUGCCUUUAAAUUCAACUCCAACUUUAAAUCCAAUGACGGGGACUUCACCUUCAAGUCCAAAAACAAUGAGAGCCUGUUGGGUCUUCUGACGUCAGACAUUCCCACCAAAUCUGAGGGUCCCUCAGAGGGGAAGCACCAAGAGCCUCCUAGUCAGGGAGGGAUUUUUACCUUUGGCCCUAAAAGUGCGUCUGAGUUCUCCUUUGCUGACACAAUCCAGAUCCAGGACAAACCAAACCUGUUUGGAAAAUUUGACCAGCCAUUUAGUUUCACUGAUGUAACCACGCCGGUAUUUGGGCUGGAAAACACAGCAGAGGAGGAGAAGGGAGCCGAGAGCAAUAACAACAGCACUCAUGUGGAGGAAGACGAGGAUGGGCCUCACUUUGAGCCUAUUGUGCCCCUCCCUGACAAAGUAGACGUGAAGACUGGAGAGGAGGAAGAGGAGGAGAUGUUCUGUAACAGGGCCAAGCUGUUCAGAUUCGAUGCGGAGACAAAAGAGUGGAAAGAGAGAGGUAUCGGCUUAGUCAAAAUCCUAAAGCACAAUAGAUCAGGAAAAGUGCGUCUGCUGAUGAGGAGGGAGCAGGUUCUGAAGAUCUGCGCUAACCACUACAUCACGCCAGAUAUGCUCCUGAAACCAAAUGCUGGAUCUGACAAGUCCUGGGUCUGGAAUGCUGUUGAUUAUGCGGAUGAGGAACCAAGGCCUGAGCAACUGGCCAUCCGGUACAAAACGGAAGACGAGGCAUUGCUCUUCAAGACAAAGUUUGAAGAGGCUCAGAAGAUCGUUCCCAAAUCUCCAAAAAUGCAGCAAGAUCAGUCAUAUAGGAAAAAUAAUUUUCCUAAACUCUCUGCUCCAUUGGCGACAAACUUUGCUGCCCAAUUUGUAAAGAAGUACGGGGAGUGGGACUGCGAUGUGUGCUGUGUAAGAAAUGCAGCUAAAGUUAUGCAGUGUGUUGCCUGCCAGACUGCCAACCCUAAUGCCCCAUCAAAGCUGGACAGCGCACCGGCUACUGACAUCAAAGGGUUUACUAGUGGGGCAGCUUCAGUGGGAGGAUUUACUUUUGGAUUUGGAGCUGACUCAUCAAAAGACACCAGCAGCGCAGGAUCUAUUGGAAAAGGAUUUGGGUCUUUUGGAGCUCAGAUACCCUCCUCCUUUACGUUUGGAACCAGUGGCACCACUUAUAUACCUGCUGCUGGUUUUGGUGCCCAGUUUGGAAAGAGGCAAGACACCACAAAAGUUGCAGCAGAAUCAAAGCCCUCAACCAUGCCAUUUGGCUCUGGAUUUGGUGUGCAGUUCGGCAUAAAUCCAGGGCAGUGGGACUGCGAUACAUGCACUUUAAGAAAUGAGGCAUUUGCAAACAGUUGUCUCUCUUGUCAAACUCCUAACCCUUCAGGAAAACCUGCUGCUGGUGCCCCAGCUUUGGCAACCCUCUCAAUUGGGUCUGGAUUUGGUGCACAGUUUGGCAAAAAACCAGGGCAGUGGGAGUGUGACACGUGUCUUGUUAGAAAUGAGGAGUCUGCUAGCAGUUGUGUUUCUUGUCAAACUCCAAACCCUGUAGCCAAAACAGAUGUAGAUGGAGCAGCAGAAUCAAAGCCCACAAACAUGCCCUUUGGUGCCCCGGCUUUGGCAGCCCUCUCAACUGGGUCUGGAUUUGGUGCCCAAUUCAGCAAAAAGCUAGGGCAAUGGGACUGUGAUACAUGCGUUGUAAGAAACGAGGCUUCUUCAAGCAGUUGUGUUUCUUGUCAAACUCCUAACCCUUCAGCAAAAUUAACAGUAGAGGUAGCACCAACAACAGAGCCAACAGUGUCAGACUUUGGUGCUGCUUUUUCAAGGAAGGAUGGACAAUGGGACUGUGACACCUGUCUAGUGAGGAAUGAUGCAUCUGCCUCUAAGUGUGUUUCCUGCCAGACACCCAACCCCAAUGCUAGCAGCUCCUCUCUUAGGGCCAUGUUUGCCAGGCAGGAGGGACAGUGGGACUGUGACACAUGUCUUGUCAGAAACAACGACUCUGCUAGUCAAUGUGUCUCCUGUCAGAUGCCCAAUCCCAAUGUUAAGAGCAUAGCCACAGCCGCCACUUCCAGCUCAUCCUUCAGCUUUAACUUCGGGAGUCGGACUGCCUCUACUCAACCCACAGGCACUGGGUUUAAAGCAAACUUCAACGGUGACAGCUCUUUGCAGUUUGGCACAGGCAAAGUUGAUAAAAGUUCCCCUGCAUCCUUCAAGUUUGAGACCCCUCCUCAGGCUGAAAGCAGUACCCCCAGUGCUGCAGGCUUCUCUUUCACCAUGCCCAUACCAGCAGGUGGCUUUAAGUUUGGCACUCAGGAAACUGCAAAGGAAACCCUACCAGCUGAAACUCAGACUCCUUCUUCAGGGUCUGCGUCAAUGUUCCUGAAGAAUAUCGUAGAGCAGCACAGAGAGAAGGAAUCUGGUGUCAGUGUAUAUCCAUCAGUGCUGUCAGUGGACAAGACGGGUCAGGAUGAAAAUCCCCUCUUCAUUGGCAAACCCAACGACUUCAGUUUUGCAGACUUGGCUAAAAACUCACAAGGAGACUUCCAGUUUGGUCAGACUGACUCCAAUUUCAAAGGCUUCACCCGUGCUGGUGAGCAGCUGUUCACAUCCCUUCAGUCAAACCAGAGGGCAGACCCCUCAGCUGACCAGGAUGAAGAGGGCAUAUACAAGACAGAGGAUAAUGACGAUAUCCAGUUUGAGCCUGUGGUCCAGAUGCCAGAGAAAGUGGACCUGGUCACAGGAGAAGAGGACGAACAGGCCCUCUACUCCCAGAGAGUGAAGCUCUUCAGGUUUGACGGAGACAUCAGCCAGUGGAAGGAGAGGGGCGUUGGGGUCCUCAAGUUCCUGAAGAACGCCACCAAUGGCAGGCUCAGGGUGCUGAUGAGGAGAGAGCAGGUCCUGAAGGUGUGUGCCAACCACUGGAUCACCACCACCAUGAACCUGAAGCCCUUGGCUGGCUCCGACAAGGCCUGGAUGUGGCUGGCUAAUGACUUCUCUGAUGGAGAUGCCAGACUGGAGCAACUCGCUGCCAAGUUUAAAACCCCUGAGCUGGCUGAGGAGUUCAAGCUGAAGUUUGAGGAGUGUCAGAGGCUCCUGUUAGACAUCCCACUGCAGACUCCUCACAAGCUUGUUGACACAGGCAGAACUGCACAUCUCAUCCAGAAGGCAGAGGAGAUGAAGUCCGGCCUGAAAGAUCUUAAAUCUUUCCUGACCGAUGACAAAACCAAGAUCAAGGAGGACGACAGCCAUGCUAACAUCACGACAGCCAGUAACCCCUCUGGUCUAAAUAUCAAGCCCCACGCAGAGAACACUGGACCUACCUUAGAAUGGGACAACUAUGACCUGAGAGAGGAGGCUCUGGACGACAGUGCUGACACCUCUGUCUACGCCUUACCCCUGGCAAGCAGCCCAAUCAGAAAGAACCUCUUCUGCUUUGGAGAAUCCACAGAGGGUUUCAACUUCAGCUUCCAGCCUGUCGUCAGUCCCGCCAAGUCGCUGGCCAAAAUGAACCAGAGCGGGGUGUCUGCGGACGAGGAGCAGGACAUUAGCCAGGAGGAGGAGCGGGACGGCCUGUACUUUGAGCCUGUGGUUCCCCUGCCAGACCUGGUGGAGAUCUCCACUGGAGAGGAGAAUGAAAACGUGUGUUUCAGCCACAGGGCAAAGCUGUAUCGCUAUGACAAAGACCUGAACCAGUGGAAGGAGAGGGGCAUCGGAGACCUCAAGAUACUGCAGAACUGCGAUACCAAACGAGUCAGACUCAUCAUGAGGAGAGACCAAGUCCUGAAAAUCUGCGCCAACCAUUGGGUCACAUCUUCUAUGAAGUUGGAGCCCAUGAAGGGUGCUGAGAAGGCCUGGGUCUGGAGCGCUAUUGACUUUGCCGAGGUAACUAAGGGAAAUGUUGAGCAGUUAGCUGUGAGAUUCAAACUGAAGGAUGUGGCUAACUCCUUCAGAGAUAUAUUUGACCAGGCUAAAACUGCCCAAGAGAAAGAGAUUCUGGUCACUCCAAUGGCCUCCAGUGAGACCCUUACUCAGGAGGAAGCAAUAGCGACGGGGACAACCGUGUGUGGACAAGCUGCUGUGGCCAUCCUGGAGGAGACCACCACAGAACGGACGGAGCUGUAUCAUGAGACUUUACACACCCCUGACUGUAAGUCCUCCACCGGUACUCCACAUAGCCCUCUCAACCUCUCCAGGAUGGUGAUGUCCCCACCCAAGUUCCUCUUUGGAACAGACUCUCUCCAAAAGUUUUUCGGCAGCAGCCCACCAUCAUCCAAGGAGGAUAGUUCUCCAGAGAGCUCCAAGGUUAAAGACAGCGGUCGGACCUCCCAGCCUUUAACUGCAUUCAAAAUCUCAGAAAAAGCACCCUCCCAUGCGGAGGCCAACAGUGAGGUGGAAGUGGUUUAUGUGAGGCAGCCAACAGUUGAGCAGGUUCUACUGGCUAGGGAACUCCUGCUGCCUCUCACCUUCUUCUGCUACCAGAACGAACCAGGAUAUACCAGCGACGACCAGACUGAUGAUGAGGACUUUGAGACAGCAGUUAAAGCCCUGAAUGGAAAACUGUACCGGGAUCCUCCUGAGAGAGAGGCUGCAAGUGCAGGUUCUGCAGGCCAGGCCGAGGCAGGUGUUAAAGGUCUGGACCCGGAGGUUGAGGUUUUAUGGGAGAAGAGGCCAACUCCAGAGGAGGAACAGAAAGCCAGGAACCUGCAGCUGCCUUCAACCUUCUUCUGUGGUGUAGGCAGCGACGGCGAGGCAGAGAAGGACAAGCCAGAGGACUUUGAGACAGAGUUCCGCAAAGCACAGGAGGCUCUGGAUGCUGAGAGAAGCUCAGACCCUGUUUCAUCUGAGGAUGUGUCCUCCAGCACCGGCGAUACAGUGCCAGAACAACAGGUCCCAGACCAGUACCCCAGCAGCCAGGAACAGGCUUCAGAUCAGUCUGAGGCAGAAGUCCAGUCCACUUCAGCAGAAGAACAGGUCCCAGAUCAGUCCUUAACCAUACAGGAGGCUGAAAUCCCAACCCCAGGUAGCCAGGAACAAGCCACAGAACAGUUGGUUACCAUCCAGGAGGCGGAAGUCCAGUCCUCUACAGCAGAAGAACAUGUCCCAGAUCAGUCCUUAACCAUACAGGAGGCUGAAAUCCCAACCCCAGGUAGCCAGGAACAGGCCACAGAACAGUCAGUUACCAUCCAGGAGGCAGAUGUCCAGUCCUCUACAGCAGAAGAACAGGUCUCAGUUCAGUCAUUAACCAUUCAGGAGGCAGAGAUCCAGUCCACCACAGAGGAGCAGCAGACUCCAGAUCAGUCAGACUCCACUUCAACACCAUCGCAGACUGCCGUCUCCCGCAGCAGGGAGCAGGCUACCACUCCAAACCCUUCAGAAAAACCUGCUGCUAGUCCCCCAGCUUUGGUAACCCCCUCAUUUGGUUUUGGAUUUGGUGCACAGUUUGGCAAAAAGCCAGGGCAGUGGGAGUGUGACAUGUGUCUUGUUAGAAAUGAGGAGUCUGCAAGCAGUUGUGUUUCUUGUCAAACUCUAAACCCUGCUGCCAGCAGCGGGAAACAGGCUCCAGAUCAGUCAGACUCUACUCCUACAGCUAUUAGCAGCAGCCCUAUAGACCUGUCUGCCAAGAAGACCUCUGAGCCUGACUCCAAUACUACCUUUACUACAACCACUACUCGGGAUGCUCCUAACUCAUUUGGCUCAUUGGGCUUCAGUGCUCUAGGAGGGGAAGGAUUCUCCUUUGCUGAUCUGGCACAGAACACUGGGGGGGAAUUUGCCUUUGGAAAACAAGAUUCCAACUUCUCGUGGGCGAACGCUGGGGCUACGUUGUUUGGAGCUGCAGCCCCAGCCAAAGCUGAGGGAGGGGAGGAGGAGUGUGAUGAAGGGGACACUAAUAAUGUGGGCAUUCACUUUGAACCCAUAGUCUCUCUACCAGAGGUGGAGACUAAGUCAGGGGAGGAGGAUGAGGAGAUCCUGUUUAAGGAGCGUACCAAGCUGUACCGCUGGGAGAGAGACCUGGGCCAGUGGAAGGAGAGGGGUGUGGGAGACAUCAAGAUCCUCUUCCACCCCGAUAAGCGGUUCUACCGGGUGCUGAUGAGGAGGGAGCAGGUGCUGAAGGUCUGUGCCAAUCACACCAUCUGUCAGAGCAUGGAGCUCAAACCCAUGAACACCUCUAACCAAGCCCUAGUCUGGACAGCUACUGACUUUUCAGAGGGUGAGGGUAAGGUGGAACAGUUGGCAGCCAAGUUUAAGACCGCGGAGCUGGCCGAGAGUUUCAGGAAGAUCUUCUGUGAGUGUCAGAGUCGAAUGAGCCAAUCAGAGGCCUCCACCCUCUCCUCCCCCCAGCUGUCCAGGGUACAGGAACAUUCCAGAGACACCAAUCCCCAGGUGUACCUCUCUAUCUCCGCUGACGACGAGCCCCUGGGAACGGUCACCAUAGAACUGUUCUCUCACAUCGUCCCCAAGACAGCUGAGAACUUCAGAGCGCUGUGUACAGGACAGAAAGGCUUCGGGCUGCGCAACACUGUCUUCCACAGGGUCGUACCCGACUUCAUGUGUCAGGGUGGAGACAUCACCAACCAGGAUGGGACAGGAGGGAAAUCCAUCUACGGGCACAAGUUUGAGGAUGAGAAUUUUGACGUGCGCCACACAGGCCCGGGGCUGCUGUCCAUGGCCAACCACGGCCGAGACACUAACAACUCCCAGUUCUUCAUCACUUUGAAGAAGGCUGAGCACUUGGACUUCAAACACGUGGCCUUUGGCUUCGUCAGAGAGGGCAUGGAUGUGGUUCGCAGCAUGGGAAAGCUGGGCACCAAGACUGGCAAACCCAGCAAGAAGAUUGUCAUCACCGAAUGUGGACAACUGUAGAGCUUUGUUAUGUUCACUGACUGUUGACAACUCAACUGUAGGGCUGAGAUCUGGUCACUGACUGUUGACAUCUCAACUCUAGAGCUGAGAUCUGGUCACUGACUGUUGACAACUCAACUGUAGGGCUGAGAUCUGGUCACUGACUGUUGACAUCUCAACUGUAGAGCUGAGAUCUGGUCACUGACUGUUGACAUCUCAACUCUAGAGCUGAGAUCUGGUCACUGACUGUUGACAACUCAACUGUAGAGCUGAGAUCUGGUCACUGACUGUUGACAACUCAACUGUAGGGCUGAGAUCUGGUCACUGACUGUUGACAUCUCAACUCUAGAGCUGAGAUCUGGUCACUGACUGUUGACAACUCAACUGUAGGGCUGAGAUCUGGUCACUGACUGUUGACAUCUCAACUCUAGAGCUGAGAUCUGGUCACUGACUGUUGACAACUCAACUGUAGAGCUGAGAUCUGGUCACUGACUGGACGUCUAUCGGCCUUCACUCUGACCAUGGACUGGACAGUGAUAGGCUUUUAAACUGUGGAGUGGACAACUAUAGUAGGCAAAUCUCAAACGAGACCCUAUACCUCAUGUAAUGUAAAACAUGUUUUUUUUUUUUUGCAGGGUUCUGGUAGUGUACUACAGGGGAAAUAGGGUGUCAUUUGAGACCGAGAUGGUCUCCUUUUCAUAAGUGUUGCCCCACCCUGAGGGCAGCAUGUGACUGCGUGAAUCUCCAGGCUUUUUUUUGUGUAUAAUGUACAUUAAAUUCUUUUCAUGUGUUCUAUUAAAAGUUGAAAACACUGGUUCCUUCAUAAGCUCCCUAACUGGAUUGUUUUGCAUAAUUAAGCCUUAAUUGAGAUUAACAAGAAACCUUGUUUAAGAACCAACCUCAGUUCAAAAUGAACUAUGUUCCUCUCUCCUGCUCCCUGUGAAUACUUUUAGGUGUGGUGGUGUGUUUUUGUGUAUACAUUGUACAUGCAUAAUGUACAAAUCAUUGAGACGAACCUUGUUCAUCUUAAACUCUGAAAGUAGGAAUAUGAAGAACUAUAACCUACUGUGUGACACUUUGGGAGGGGGAUGACAUAAUAUCUUGUGGUUGUGGAAGAACCUUCUAUGGUAUUCUGUUGACAAAUAUCACUUGGAGUUGAAACAAUUCUUACUGUCAAUAUAUAAAUGAUGCUGGAGAAUGUCUUUAGAAAUAAAAGUUGCUUUAUACUGAUAAUUAUGAGGAUGCCCUGUACGAUUUCAAACAUACACUACAUGACUAAAAGUAUGUGGACACCUGCUCGCUGAAUAUCUCAUUCCAAAAUCAUAGUCAUUAAAAUAGAGUUGGUCCCCCCUUUGCUGCUAUAACAGCCUCCACUCUUCUGGGAAGGCUUUCCACUAGAUGUUGCAACAUUGCUGCAGGGACUUGCUUCUAUUCAGCUACAAGAACAUUAGUGAGGUCUGGCACUGAUCUUGGGCGGUUAGCCCUGGCUCGCAGUCGACGUUCCAAUUCAUCCGAAAGGUGUUUGAUUUGGUUGAGGUCAGGGCUAUGUGCAGGCCAGUUAAGUUCUUCCAUACCGAUUGAGACAAACCCCCCCCCUGUAUGGACCUCGCUUUGUGCACAGGGUCAUUGUCAUGCUGAAACCGUAAAAGGCCUUCCCCAAACUGUUGGCACAAAGUUGGAAGCACAGAAUUGUCAAGAAUGUCAUUGUAUGCUGUAGCAUUAAGAUUUCCGGUCACUGGAACUAAGGGGCCUAGCCCAAACCAUGAACAACAGACCCAGACCACUAUUUUUUUCCACUGCUCGGCUCAUUAAGAAGGAAAGAAAUUCCACAAAUUCACUUUUAAGGCACACCUGUUCAUUUAAAUGCAUUCCAGGUGACUACCUCAUGUAGCUGGUUGGGAGAAUGCCAAGUGUGCAAAGCUGUCAUGAAGGCAAAUGGUGGGUACUUUGAAGAAUCUCAUAUCGAAUAUAUUUAGAUUUGCUUAACUUUUUUGUUUACUGCAUGAUUCCAUGUGUUAUUUUGUAGUUUUGAUGCCUUCACCAUUAUUCUACUAUGUAGAAAAUAGUAAAAAAAUAAAGAAAAACCCUGGAAUGAG